GGGCGGGAGGGAAGGGGAGGCCCAGUGUCCUACCCAUACCAACGAGAUUUCAUUACGCUGUUCGAAUUGUACAGGGAGGCACCCGGCCUGGGCACGGUGGUGCCCGGAUGCAGGCAAAGCCCAGGGUGCAGCGAGGGAGGCAUACCAUUUCCGGCCGAGGACUUUCGAGCUUGCCCAAAGACAACAACAAUAACAGGAGGAACAACAACCGCUACCGAGAAUGCGGAACGUUACCUUUCGAGGUAACCCUCCCCCAGAGGAGGAAGAAUUCCAGGAGGUCACAAGGAAACGGCCGCGGAGAUGACCCCCGGCCUUUACCGUCGCGCAGGAGCAAGCUGCCAAGAGUCUGACGCAGGGAAAGCUGACCUUCGCGGUGAGGGAUAGAACGGUGCAGCCUGCAGCUUCCGAGGUUACAGCCCUGGGAGCUACGGCCACUGGGCCGCUGGCUUCGGCUGGCGACCUGGAUGUGGGAAUGCAGGGAGUGUAGCCUGGGGCUGCCUCCUUUCACCCGUAGUAUGUGGAAGUCCCAAGCGCCGACCUAGAGAGUGUGGUAUGGGUUUUUCAAUCGGUUGGGCAGCCAAUACGGUUUUCCUGUACAAUGAUUAUCAGACGGACCGGCAUGCCUUACGCCUUAGGCAUAGCGGUGUAGGAACAAUAAUAAUAAUAUAACAAGCGAGA